AUGAGCACACAGAAGAUCGGAGCCUGGGUCGGCAAGGACGCGAAGGACGCGAGCGAGGGCAACCUCUCGUUCCAGGAGAUUGACAGCAAGAAGUGGGAGGAGACCGAUGUCGAUGUCAAGGUGCUCUACUGCGGUAUCUGCGCGACGGACAUUGGUGGCCUGCAGGGCCACUACGGCAAGUUCUCCGAGUCCGACCCUGCCGUGUGCGGCCACGAGAUUGUUGGCGAGGUGACCAAGGCCGGCUCGCAGUCGGGCCGCAAGGUCGGCGAGUUCGUCGGCAUUGGCUACCAGACGGACUGCUGCGGCGCGUGUGGCAUGUGCAAGGGCGACCACCCCGACUGCUGCUCCCAGCUCGUCAACACCAUUGCGGGCCCCUACAAGCGCGACGCCGUCAAGGGCCAGCGCGCAUACGGCGGGUUCGCCAAGGUGUGGCGCGGCCCGGGUCGCUUCGCGAUCCCGCUUCCCGAGGGCGUUGACGCUUCGACUGCCGGCCCCCUGUUCUGCGGCGGCAUCACCGUCUUCACCCCGCUGCAGAAAUGGGGCGCGGGCAAGAGCCGCAAGCGCGUCGGUGUCGUCGGUAUUGGCGGAUUGGGCCACAUGGCGCUCCAGUUCGCGUCCGCCAUGGGCGCCGAGGUCACGGCCAUCUCGCGCUCGGACCGCAAGAAGGCCGACGCCGAGAAGCUCGGCGCGAAGCACUUCAUUGCCACGGGCGACGACACGGGCAAGGCGUGCGAGGCGCGUGCAGCCACCCUCGACCUCAUCAUCUGCACCAUCAACCCCGCCAAGCUCCCCGUGCAGGAGUACCUCCAGCUCUUGGCUCCCGAGGGUGUCUUCGUCAUUGUCGGUAUCCCCGAGCAACCCCUCGCCUUCUCUGGUCUCCCGCUCGUGAUCAAGAACGCGGCCGUUGCUGGCUCGCACAUCGGCUCGCCCGACCAGAUCACCGACAUGCUCAAGUUCUCCGUCCAGCACAAUGUCAAGCCCUGGGUGCAGAAGUACAACAUGGACGACAUCAACAAGGCCCUCAAGGACUUUAACGCCGGCAAGCCCGAGUUCCGCUUCGUCCUCGUCAAUACGGACAACGGCGGCAAGCUCUGA